ACUAUAAAAAUAAAAGUAUUUUCUGUUAUACUUGAAAUAUAUAAUAACAGGUACCAAUUUCCUGCAGUUACUACUGCAGUUUACACGUGUGGAUGGGCUUUAGAAAUUCAAUCCCAACGCCGAUGCUCGAUUAUGUGGACCUUCAUUCCUUGAAACUUCCUGUAACUUUAUAUCUAUGGGUAAAAAUAUGAGAGGCUGGGAAUUGCUUAGGAACACAUAGGCAUAUUGAUUCAAAUGGGCAAGUGUUCCGAUCUGGUACAGAAACAAAAAGUAAUGCAAGAGGUCUGUUGAUCUUGGGCAGGACUCAUUCAUGCAAAUAUGGGAAAGUAGAACUGAAACACGCUUGGCAGUGUUUCAGCCAGUAUGCUGCAGUAAAGCUGAGCGUAAAGGUCGCUGGAAAUCAACUGCCUGGAAAGUGAAUGCAGUUGAAAUAGAAGAUAUCCAAGACGGUGCAGAGCUAGGAUCCUUGGAAAAUGUUUGUUUCAUGACGUGCUUUGCUGUACCCUUUUGCUUGUACUUUGCCUCUUGUUGACUGGGACACAUUCUGCCGCUGUAUGUGUAUUUUCUUGCACUUAUUAUAGAUGCUUUGCUGCUGCUUUUGGUUUGCAUUUGGAGAAAGGGAGCUCUAUAUAUUUAAAUCUAUAAUAUGUUCAGAAACAACAAAUGGCUCGGCGGUUAAGACUUCACUUUGCAACUAGGAGAAGCAACACUGAUCCCUUACCAGAAAGCUCUGGAGAUGGCUUGGAUAGUAAUAUUCAUAUGUGCUUUAAAAGACUCUCUCCAACAACUGCACCCGGUGUGAUUCAAAUGAGGCUGUCUCCGAGGCAAAGUGUGCAGAAGUCCUCUUCCCCAGAAACUAUUCCUAUACAUCAAGGUCAUUCUGUUUCUCCACCAUGCAAAAAAAGCACUUCAGUGCAGAUUUCUUUACAGCCAAGCAGGAAUACUAGAUGUCAUCAAUCUGGCAACACUGCGCCUGCUAUGGAAGAUAUUUGCGUCGUCAGUUCUUACAAGGAUGGAAUUAAUUCUACUAUGAGCAGGAAUUAUAACUGUCAACCCACCAUAAAUGACACCUGCAUCAGUAGUAGUACCUCAGCUGAAAAUGGCAGUUUAUUAAGCAUUUCUGCAAGUGACAAUGGAUCAUAUAGUAGCAACAGCAGUGACUAUGGCUCCUGUGCAAGUACCGCAAGUGAUGCUGGCUCGUGUGCUAACAGUAUAGUAAGUGACUGCAGUAGCUGUACUUAUUCUUUAAGUGACAGCAAUUACUUAAAUGUAUUACCCAAUGGUAAUGCCCUGUUCUUUAACCCAGAAGAAAACUGUGAGUUUUUUAAAAGUAAACUGGAAGAACCUUUGCCUAUAAAUAACUGCAAGUUCCAUUUUGACCUGGAUCACUCAGAAAAAGAGGAGGUCAGAAUUCCUGCAAGGAAGAAAACAAGAAUUCCAUUAAGACGCUGCUCUUCAUUAGUUAUUUUUCCUUCUGACACUCCACCAACAUCUCCAACUAGUCUAGUCCCUCCAUUAAGCAGGGGCUGCUAUCAAACUUCUUACCAGCUUAUGCUAUCCUCUAAUGAUUUUACACAAAAAGAGGAGCAAGCAGCCUCCAAGGGGUCCCUUUCAACAGCAGUCAAUGGGGUUCGGCUUUCCAAAAACACCUGCAAUGUUGGUGAGGUUAGAGAUGUUAAGCCGCUUUACUUGAAUGACAAAGAUGAUGGACUGCCAAAUAUUUGCAAUUCUGUUGCAGAACACAGCAAACUGCAUGAGGAUAAACCUCAGCUGAACUCAGAUGCACGGCACUGUCGGCUGGUGCGCAGCACAUCCGCAUAUUCUCCCUCCAAUAAAACUGUGGAAUGCCAGAUGGGGAGAAGCUCAGAGCAGGGAUACAAAAAUAUUCACAAGUGCCAAUUAACUCAUGUUUUUCAAAGAAGUGUCUCUGAAGGUCCCCCACAAAAACGGUCCUCUGCCUCUAGCCUUAAAUGUAGACAUCCAAAAUCAGGGUCCUCUUAUUUGCACAUACAGUUUGCCCCUGGAAACGAAAGCAGGAUUAGUAGCUAUAAGAAACAAUCUUUAAGAAGCCCCACAACAGAACUGCCUGGUAAGCCUUCUGUGAAAUUACUUAAGACCAGAGAUGAUUUUCUUGGGCAAGUGGAUGUUCCUCUUCAUCAGUUACCAACAGAAAACCCACGGUUGGAGCGACCAUAUACAUUCAAAGACUUUAUUCUUCAUCCAAGAAGCCACAAAUCACGAGUCAAAGGAAAUCUACGGUUAAAAAUGACAUAUUUACCUAAAAACAAUGGAUCAGAAGAUGAAAAUGCAGAGCAGGCUGAAGAAAUGGAGCCUGGCUGGGUUAUACUGGACCAACCAGAUACAUCUUGCCAACCUCAACAAGAACAAGAACUUUCCCCACUACCUCCAGGAUGGGAAGAGAGACAGGAUAUCCUUGGAAGAACUUACUAUGUCAGUCAUCAGUACAGAAGAACACAGUGGCAAAGGCCUACUAUUCAAGAUGAUACUGCAGCCAAUGAAAGCAGGAAUGUUCAGUUAGAGGAACAGCAUCAUCAUGCAUUCACAACAAGGAGGCAAAUAUCUGAAGAAACAGAAAGCAGAGAUUCUCCAGAGAGCUGGGAAAUUAUAACAGAAGAUGAAACAACAAUCUAUAGCAACCAGAAUGCCCAGCAGGGAUCUGCACCAACCAGUGAUGCCCAGGCACAAAUCACAGAAGAGCUUAGUAUAAGGCUUAACAUUUCUGGGAAUAUGCCAAACAGCCGACAGAGCUCUUCCAAUGUUCAUUCCAACAGAAGAGAGAGCUUGCAGUCAUACACUUCAGAAGAACUUCCUACGGUACCAGUUUUAUUACCUACAUCUUCUGGAUUACCACCUGGCUGGGAAGAAAAACAUGACGAUAAAGGAAGAUCAUAUUACAUUGAUCACAAUAGCAGAACUACUACUUGGGAAAAGCCAAGUAGCCAAGCACAGGGACCCACGGAAACUUUCCAGACUUCAUCUGUCCAGAAUGUCCCUGUCAUUUUUCAACCACAAACAGCUACCAGGGAAUCCACACAGUUAUUGGAAACAGAACAAAGAUUUCUCCCCAAAGGAUGGGAAGUGCGCCAUGCACCAACUGGAAGGCCAUUCUAUAUCAAUCAUGUAACCAAAACAACCACAUGGGAAGACCCAAGAUUGAAGAUUCCAGUACAGCUAAGGCCAAAGCCCCCCAUAGAUCUAUCAGAUCUGGGACCACUGCCUCCUGGAUGGGAAGAAAGAACUCAUAAUGAUGGAAGAGUAUUUUACAUUGAUCACAACACAAAGCAAACACAGUGGGAGGAUCCACGCUUACAAACUGCAGCAAUAACUGGACCAGCUGUGCCUUACUCCAGGGAUUAUAAGAGAAAGUAUGAAUACUUCCGGAAGAAAUUAAAGAAGCAGAUUGAUAUUCCAAAUAGGUUUGAAAUGAAGUUACGUCGUACAGCCAUUCUUGAAGAUUCCUAUAGAAGGAUUAUAGCUGUAAAAAGGCCAGAGUUUCUCAAGGCACGUCUUUGGAUAGAGUUUGAUAAUGAGAAAGGCUUGGACUAUGGAGGAGUGGCCAGAGAAUGGUUCUUCUUGAUUUCUAAAGAAAUGUUCAAUCCUUAUUAUGGUCUGUUUGAAUAUUCUGCCACGGACAACUAUACUUUACAAAUUAAUCCUAAUUCUGGUCUGUGUAAUGAAGAUCACCUUUCGUAUUUCAAGUUUAUAGGCCGCGUGGCUGGAAUGGCAGUAUACCAUGGAAAGCUUCUUGAUGCAUUUUUUAUUCGCCCAUUUUACAAAAUGAUGCUCCAAAAACCAAUUAUAUUGUAUGACAUGGAGUCUGUGGACAGUGAAUAUUACAAUUCCCUCCAGUGGAUACUAGAAAAUGAUCCUUCAGGUUUAGAUCUGUGCUUCACUGUUGAUGAGGAACUUUUUGGACAGACACAUCAACAUGAGUUGAAGGCUGGUGGUUCACAAAUCUUAGUCACAAACAAGAACAAAAAAGAGUACAUACAUCUUGUUAUUCAGUGGAGGUUUAUGAACAGAGUUCAAAAACAGAUGGCUGCAUUCAAAGAGGGUUUCUUUGAACUGAUCCCGCAAGACCUGAUAAAAAUAUUUGAUGAAAAUGAGCUGGAGCUGCUGAUGUGUGGCUUAGGAGAUGUAGAUGUUAACAACUGGCGAGAACAUACAAAGUACAAGAAUGGAUACUCACAAGGACACCAAGUUAUACAGUGGUUUUGGAAGGCUGUGCUGAUGAUGGAUGCAGAAAAGAGGAUUCGAUUACUUCAGUUUGUCACAGGCACCUCUCGUGUGCCCAUGAAUGGAUUUGCUGAGCUGUAUGGCUCCAAUGGACCACAGUUGUUUACAGUUGAAAAAUGGGGCACUCCAGAAAAAUUACCUAGAGCGCACACAUGCUUUAAUCGUUUGGACUUGCCACCUUAUGAAUCAUUUGAGGACCUGUGGGAUAAGCUCCAUAUUGCUAUUGAAAAUGCUCAAGGUUUUGAUGGGGUUGAUUAAUGAGGGUUACAGCUAAUUUGAAGACAAAGUGUUAUGUUUACAAAUGAAAACAAAACAUAUAUCCCAGGGAUCCUCUCUAGUAUUAUUUUACUAUAUUUGAACAUUCUUAAUUUUAUAUAUAUAUAUAUAUAUAUAUAUAUAUAUAUAUAUAUAUAUAUAUAUAUAUAUAUAUAUAUAUAUACACAAUGCAAAUUAGCAUCCAAGGGAGUAGGAUUUAUGGAUAUAGGCAGACACUGUUCACAAGAAUGAAAAAGAAGUUGUGCUAUGUUCAGCUGAAUGUAUUGUUAAAGCCUGUUCUAUGUAUGUGUGCAUAUACAGGAAUGGGACCUGUUAUCCAGAAUGCUCAGGACCUUGGGUUUUCUGUAAUUUGGAUCUCCUUAUCUUAAGUCUGCUAAAAAUAAUUUAAACAUUAAAUAAACCUAAUAGGAUUGUUUUGCUUCCAGUAAGGAUUAAUUAUAUCUUAGUUGGGAUCAAGUACAAGGUACUGUUUUAUUAUUACAGAGAAAAGGGUAAUCAUUUUAAAAAAUCAGAAUUAUUUGCUUAUAAUGCUUAUAAUGGAGUCUAUGGGUGAUGGAUCCCAUGCCUGUGUAUAUAUAUAUAUAUAUAUAACUUAUGUAUAUAAGUUUGUGUACUUUACAUGCAUUGAGGUUGGUCUGCAAUUAAAUUAUUACUCCUCAUGAUUAUUACUCCUCAUGAUAUUUACCUCUCCUUGCAAACUUACAAAACUACUGAACUUAAAGGCUGUGAAACAUGCAUUGAUCAUGUGAUCUAUACCUUUUUAUUUGAUAAUACAAGAUAAAUCGAGUAGAAUUGUAUUCCCUCAUCUGCUGGUCAGGGUAUUGUUGUGGGAAGACUCAAAGUAAAAAUGUAACCGAUUCUUUCACUGCUGCUUCAAGCUGCUUAAUGUUCUUUAUAUCGCUCUAGACACUUAUUACCAAAGUAUAGUUCUAGUUAGCUACCAAUUUCUAUUUACUUAUGUUAGUAUGAAACUGUUAUAUUACUCACUCAUAGAACAGUCACUAUUCCUAAUGUAUAGAUGGAAGGGACUUUUAUAUGAAGGGACAAACUACAUGUGGUGAAUAGUUUUGUUUCUGGAUGCACUGUUUUAUGAUACAUAUGAGGGCGUUUUUCUGUUUUAUUCUUUUGGAAUGAUGGCAAAACAUUUAUGGGCUUAUUUAUCAAUUUUCGAAUUUGUGAAUUCGAGUUUGUUUUUCUAAAUCAAAUAAACUUGCAUAUCUAAUGCUCACUUAUGUAUUAAUGUGGUUAACCCGUUUGACUAAAUAAACUUGAAUACCUCGAAUAAAACUCGAAUACCUUGAAUUGAAAAUAUGGCUUGACUUUACCUACAACAACUCCCAUUGACUUCUAUAGAAACUCGCAAGCUUUUAGAUGGCAAAGCUUUACAUUCUAGUUUUCGGGGUUUUUUGCACUUAAUAAAUACCAGGCAUUCAAGUUUUUGAACCAUAAUUCUAUUUAGAGUUUUUUUUUAGCACAAAAAAACUUAUAUUGUGAAAAAAAAUCAAACCCGAAGAUUGAUAAAUCACCCCAUUAAAAUGAGUUCUGUUUUUAAAUUUGGUGAUAAAUAAAAAUCCUCUUGUAA